CCUUCUGUUAUACCUUUGUUCAAACAAAAUUAACUUAGCUUACUCCCAUAAUUAUUAAUACAAAACUGCGAUUUAGAAGGCGGACAAGCUAGCAAUUAUGUUUCAGCUUAUAAACAAUUUAUUAUGUGUACAUUUAAUAAACGUGAAUCCACCCAGUUCUUCUUCACCAAGGGUCAGCGCGAGUCGGUCAAACUCAACUACUGCGGUCAUAGCUACGUCAAGUUCAUGGAGAAUGGCCGCGGCACCAAGUGGAUCUGUGCCACGCGUUCCACCACCAAGUGCCGUGCUCGCAUCCGUACCACCAAAAACAACUACCUGGAGGUACUGUAUGCGUCCCACAACCACGGUUUUCCGCCACAGAAGAAGGAUCGGGGUAGAGUCAGCCAAAGGACGGGAUCCAAAAUGUAACUAAGAGUGUAAUGUGACUAUAGCCAACUUCCCCUACUAUGCCAUUUCGAUAGUUUACUAAACACUUGAAGCCUCCUCUAAAACAGCUUGACUUUGAAACUAUAUAUUGAAAAAAAAGUGAGACAACCCCAACCAAUUUGCUAUCACCAACCCAAUCCUAAACAAAUGUGUUAGGGGUCAUCUGUCUAAUGGAUGUAGCCAUAUUUCCUUCCAUUGACCAAGCUCAAAGUUUGAUAGAUACUUAGAUUGGCAAACAAUAUUUCCUAUCUCCAAAUCUGCAAGGAACAAAAUAUACUUACAUGGACAGACUUUAAAAAACAAGUUCAACAUAAUGAGGGCCAAAAAAGUGUGCUAAUGAAACACUUUAUUUUUCAUGCUUAAGUUCUCUUACAUAAAGUGCAUACUGUAAAAUAGGAAAUGAAGUUAAAUUUUUCGAGAGGU